GAUCGAGAGAAUUGAAAAAAGACGUAACUGAAUUUACCGCUGUGUCGUUUCAGCCUGCAAUAACGCUCGACGACACGCAAAAGCCUCGUAAACGUUGGUGAAAUCGAAGAGAAAAAAAGCAAAAGUUAAAAGAGGCGAAAGGGAACGCGAAGACCGAUAUCGGUUGAAAACGACCGAUGAUGAGCCGUUGAUCGAUCGAUCGAUCGUUAGUCGGGUCGCGUCGUUAUGGAGGUGCAAGCGAUCGCGCGACGUUUUUCCACUAGAGUCGAUCGAGGAUCCGGAUUCGGGGGUUUGUUCAGCCGAAAGUGGUGCUCGGUAGUUGGAGACGCGGCGCGACAGCUUGCCAACUAAAAUGCGAGAGCUGAACGCGACCGCAUGUGCUGCCCUGUACGAGCGCGUCGAGUGGUCCGGCCCGUGGAUUCUGGUUACUCUGAUCGUGCUCGCGAUCGUCAACGUGAUGGUGGUCCUGGGUAACGUGCUGGUGAUACUGGCUGUUUAUCAUACCAGCAAACUGCGAAACGUCACGAAUAUGUUCAUCGUCAGUCUCGCGGUGGCCGAUCUCAUGGUCGGUUUGGCUGUGCUUCCGUUCAGCGCUACAUGGGAAGUUUUUAAGGUGUGGAUAUUCGGUGAUCUAUGGUGCUCGAUCUGGCUGGCGGUGGACGUAUGGAUGUGCACGGCAUCGAUAUUGAAUUUGUGCGCCAUCAGCCUGGAUAGAUACUUAGCAGUGACCAGGCCAGUGAGUUAUCCUCAGAUCAUGUCACCGAGAAGGGCAAGGCUGCUAGUGGCAACCGUGUGGAUCUUGAGCUUCGUUAUCUGUUUCCCACCCCUGGUCGGCUGGAAAGACAAACGGUCUCACCCCACGUACAACGCGACGUUCGCUCAGAAUGGACCGUUCAACACCACCACUAUACUCAUCCCGGUGAAACCGUGUCCCUGGAUCUGCGAACUGACAAACGACGCAGGUUACGUCGUUUACAGCGCGCUCGGCUCUUUCUAUAUACCGAUGCUGGUCAUGCUGUUUUUCUACUGGAGGAUCUACAACGCGGCCGUAUCCACCACGAAGGCCAUUAAUCAAGGCUUUCGUACGACAAAGGGCUCGAAAAUGCUUGGCUCUAGAUUCGACGAGCAAAGGUUGACCUUGAGGAUUCACCGUGGUCGAGGUAGUGUCCACAACGGGAGUAACAACGGCAGCCCGAGGAGUCCGGAGUCGAAUAGCCGUAGCUCGGUGAAAAGGGAAAAGAUAAAGAUCUCGGUGUCGUAUCCGAGCACGGAGACGUUGAAUACAAAGUGUAACACCCUGGAGAGGACGCCCUCGAGGUGUUCUCAGACCUCCGUGCACUAUAGUAACGGUCAAACGCACAGUCAACUGUGUCCCUCCCCCAGGAGCACGCAUCUCAAGGUGAGCGGUAUGAACAGGGUUGGAAGCGCCAGGAGACCCAGCAGACGGAGUAGCUGCGAGAGUCAGACGGGGGAUGAGAUGUCGUUGCGAGAGCUCGGCCAGGGUCCCGAGGAGAAGCCCAGGGCGAUGAAGAUGGGCAAGAGGAAUAUCAAAGCUCAGGUGAAAAGAUUCCGGAUGGAAACGAAGGCAGCCAAGACACUGGGCAUCAUCGUCGGCGGAUUCAUCCUCUGCUGGCUUCCCUUCUUCACGAUGUAUCUGGUGCGCGCCUUCUGUCCCAAUUGUAUUCACCCUACGGUGUUUAGCGUGCUAUUUUGGCUGGGCUACUGCAAUUCCGCGAUAAAUCCGUGUAUCUACGCGCUUUUUAGCAAAGACUUCCGGUUCGCGUUCAAGAGAAUUAUUUGCAAAUGCUUCUGCAAGCGGCGGGCGAAUACUUUGAGACGUGGCAGCGAUGGCAGCCAAUUAGCCACCAGAAACGACCGGAGCCCCAGCUACUCGAUGCAGGUGCCUCAACAAGGUGUAUCCAUCGACGAUUCGGACCAAGAUCCCAGCUCGGAACCGACGGUGCACUCGCACAGCGAAUCGAGAUGACUGUAGCGUGCCAGGUGUGGCGCUCAGCGCGUCACCUUCGACCCGACGACCUCGAAAGUAAGGAUCCAGUCGUUCUAAAUUCAAACGAAUCCGAACGAUCCUCGUCGACCAUCCGAAUCAUCCUGACAACGGUCCGUGCCGCGGAAUCGAGCACGUUCGAUCGUUUACCCAGAAACCAGUGUGUUCGCGAGUAAUAUAUAUAUACUAGUAGUAGCUAGUAUUCGCGACAAACGGUCGAGCUUCUUCGGUGUCUUACUUCGUUCCGUCAGCGAAUGAAAUACGAAGAGACGUUUCUUAGGAGAUAAAAAUUCGCUCAAGCUAGUCGUAAAUCGAGACUGAAAACGAUAAAAUUAAGAGAGAAAGAAGAAAUGGACCGACGAAGGAUUCGCUGCCUAGAGAUGGCAAACUGUUCAUUGUUUUCGUUGGAAUAGUUAAAUAGAAAUUAUGGCGAAGGUUGGAGCGCGAGGGAAGCAACGACGGAGAAUCCAGUGUACCAUAAACGGAUAUUUAAACUAAAAACCUAAGUUUCGUUAUCUUUCAAAGUCAACAGCGUCUGUUGGCUAUCGAAGCUGCCUUUGGCCAUCGAGGCUCUCGGCUAACCGUCGCGUCAUCGUUGUCGCCGUAUUAUUUCCGUAGAUUUUUCACCGUUUCUCGUUGAUUAGACGCGAUGAUGGCGUUUAACGAUCGCCUUCGCUGAACACGCGACAUUCAGUGCGUUGUACAGCCUGCUUCGAACAUCGUCGAUCGUUAACGGGAUCGUUUUUCAGUCCGUGAAACAAGAUGGUGAACGGAUACGAAAGAAUUUCGUUGGGACAUCCUGUAGCAAGCGUGAUCGAGAUACUCGCGUAUAACAUAAAGUAUGUAAGUGUAAGUGUCGUUAGGACAAUGCCAUUUCAAAAGAACGAAGGUAACUCGCGUUGGAAUAUUUUGUAUGGACAGUUUCGAUUCUCUCUCGAACGUAUUGCGAUUGUUCGAGAGGGGACAGAGGAACGUACGAAAUCGGCGAGAUUCGUCGUAUUAUGUGAUAUACGUCUACUAUACGUAAGGAAACGAACCGCACGAAAGAAUAAAUAUGCGAAUGAAAUGCA